AUGAAGUUUUGCGAAACGUCAUCAAAUAUAAAAUACAAGUGGGAUCACUUAUGUUCGAUGUUUUACAAGCGAUAUCCUAACCCUUACAGUAAACACGUACUGUCAGAAGACGUUCUUUCAAGGCACGUUGAAAAUAACAUUUUAAAAACGAUUCGAAUAUAUUCAAAAACCAACGAGACACCUUCCUGGUUGCAAAGAAUUUUACCUACAGCAACUGCGUACAUUCUGGAAGAAUCGCAUGUUGAUAUUGAAACAAAGACCAUUGUUACCUAUACGAAGAAUUUAACCCUAACGACUUUUUUAAAGGUGGAAGAAAAAUCUAUUUUUAAAAUAUCCAAUGAUAAUAAGGACUGGACGUCAGUUAGGAGACAAUCUUGGAUUAGCAGUAGUUUUUAUGGACUGUGCCAUGCGUUUGAAUCGUUUGGUGCUAAGCGAUAUAUUUCUAACAUUCAAAGAAUGGAUAAUGGUUUUGAAAGUGUACUACAGAAAAACAAUCAUUACUCAACAGGACAAUCAACUUUUCCAUUACCAAUAUCUAGUAAUAUGUAA